UACGAAGUUAAGAAUGACGAGGCUCAUUCACCAUAAUCGAUCGAUGGUCUGUACAUAUAUACAUGACCGACGCACGCACAACUAGUAAUGUCGCGACGAAAGCGCACCAUACUACUGAACUGCGACAUCAGUCAUCAGUGAUUAUGAGUGUGGUUCAGUCAGUCCAUAGUGUACCACUCGUAGUUGCCGCGCCGCAGUUAUCAUUUAUUGGUUGAAACUGCAACGUUAAUGUGUACAUAGUAUAUGUUAUCAUCGAGGCUCUCGAUUAUAGUUACGACAAACUUCCGAAUAUAAGUCAGCAGCAGCAACAGCAGCAGCAGCAGCGUAUCCUUUCGUUGGCUCGCGAUCAAUACUCAUCCGAACCGAACAGAUAAUGUGCAGCAGUGCAGCGAUUGUUGUCUGUUGUCUCGUGAAUAGUUGAGUACCGACUACUGAGCUUAUUCCCGUGGUGUCUCGAGUUCUCAGACGAAUGUUUCAUUUGCGAUAUAAAUUUUUCGCAUGUAUGUUUAUUUUUCCGGUGCAAAAUGAAUCUGUAUUUAUACAUGGUGUACAAAACGCUGCUCCACAUAAAUAUUAUUGUGUCUUGCAAAGAACAUUAUUGUCGGGGGAAAUCCCGAGAAACUCGUUGAGAGUGCAGUAAUUGCUGAAUAUUGUAUUCUGUAGCGCGCUUAGACGUGCGAUAGAACAAAACGGCGAAGAUGAAGAGACAGAAUGUCAGGACUUUGUCGUUAGUAGUGUGUACAUUUACGUAUCUCCUUGUUGGCGCUGCAGUAUUUGAUGCCCUUGAAUCGGACACUGAGAAGAAACGCUGGGAAUUUCUCUCGGAGAUACGCCGUAAUAUGAUGAGGAAGUACAAUAUUACGCCGGAGGACUAUAAGAUGGUCGAAAUUGUAAUAAUUGAGAACAAGCCACAUAAAGCGGGACCGCAAUGGAAAUUUGCGGGUGCUUUCUAUUUUGCCACUUUAGUAUUAGCCAUGAUUGGUUACGGGCAUUCCACUCCUGUGACUAAAACCGGAAAGGCAUUUUGUAUGAUAUACGCAAUGGUAGGAAUUCCUUUGGGAUUGGUAAUGUUUCAAAGCAUUGGUGAACGAUUGAACAAGUUUGCAUCGGUUGUGAUUAGACGAGCAAAGACGUAUCUCAGAUGUCAAAAAACCGAAGCUACAGAGAUGAAUCUCAUGUUAGCGACUGGUUUACUUUCAAGUAUCAUUAUUACGACAGGUGCUGCAGUGUUUUCGAGAUAUGAGGGUUGGAGCUACUUUGAUAGUUUUUAUUACUGUUUUGUGACGCUUACAACUAUAGGUUUUGGUGACUAUGUCGCUCUUCAGAAUGAUCAAGCGCUUUCCAAUAAACCUGGAUAUGUGAUUUUGAGUUUGAUCUUUAUCCUAUUUGGUUUGGCCGUAGUUGCUGCCAGUAUUAAUUUGCUCGUAUUGCGCUUCAUGACGACGGAUUCCGGUGAGGCGCGUCGUGACGACACUGAGCUGCAAUCGGCUUCCCAUCACGUAUUGACGUUAGACGGCGAGGUUGUGGCGGUAAAUGGAAAGCUUCUGGCUAGUCACGUGCCUGUUGUGCACGACACGGACGAUUGUGUGAGCGUAUGCUCUUGCACUUGUCUAGGCCCAGCGAAUUCCGAGCUAUUGGAUCCUUCCGGAUAUCAAGGAUACCGACCACCCCCAACUUCUGCCAGUCUUCGAGUAAAACGUGCGUCCGUCUGAUGGAGGGAGUUUCGUCGUCGCAGUUUACGUCGCCGAUUUUCAAAGGCCGAUAGCCGAGAAUUGCUCGGCAUUGAUGUUUAAAAUUGCUGAUUCCCCGCACAAAAAGCUCCUCGCGAGAAAAUACCGCACACUGUGAUACAUCUACGAAGGACAAUUUAUAAGUUUUCGUAAAGAUUUUCACAUUCUGUGUGGAAAGUAAAAUUUUAAAAACUGCCAUUUAAAAAAAUAUUUGAUGUUUGAUACGUCUAAUUAGAACUCUGAUUGUUGAUCGUUGUCCGAGACCUGGUUAAAACUUGAAGAAGAACACUUAAAUAAUGUGUUCCUACUGCAUUUUUUUUGACGUUAUAUCAACCCGUACCCCAAAACAAGUUGAUGCAUUUUGAUAAUUAAUGUUGCUCAACUGUGUCGAUUUUUGACGCAUGGAUGACGUGUAUGUAAUCCUCGUGUUACGCUUAAUUUGUCAAGUGAAAAUAUGACAAAUUAUUCGAAUAUUCAAGUGGUGAUCUUUGCAAUAUUGCAUAAUAUAUCUUAAAAAAGUGGAACAUUCAAUAAAUCUCAGAAGGGAUAUAUGUACGAUCGAAUUAUCGGCUCGUGAAUUAUUCAAAAGAUGAUGGCGCAUUUGUAUAUCGUAAUAUUGUUAAUGUUGUAUUAAUGUAAUAUGUAUGCAAAAUGAAGAAGCAUAGAAUAUUUUGAUAAUCUAGAGGUUUUCAUA